CUCAAGUUCCUCGCGCUGUGAACACCUCUCUUCCACGUCUACACUACACCACCAACUUGAUUGGUGUUACGAAGAGAGAUGAUAUCUACCUGGACAUCUGUGUUCCUGCUUCUUGCUGCCCUUGUCUUGAGGGGCGAUGCUAAAUUGCCCCGCGUCUUUGAUGGACCUAAUGUUCUGACACUGGCACACGGGGCUAUAGACGACAUUCUACAAGCAACUUUACGAACUCAAUGCUCCGUCUUCCUUUUUACAGAUGGCACGAAUUCUUAUAGCUCGACGUUCUGGGAAGACUUGCGUCAGCUGGUGGCUCCCUGGGGUAUGGGGGUGUUCGAGGUGGCAGUGGACGGCCAGGACGCUAACGUGACGCAGGCGCAGCUCUCCAGGGUGGUCGACGAGGCUCGGCGGCUGCGUCAGGUGUCUUGGUGCGUGACGGUGGUGGUGGUGAGCGACGACCCAGCCUUCCUCGCCGCCUUCGCCGAGUGGUCCCUCAAGGGCCGCCUGCUGGUGUGGUCGACGAGGCUCCUCGUCGUCACCCGCCUGCCCCUCCAAGAGCUCCAGCUCCUACACAAAGUGAUGUCCGGAAGGAACACCAUGUUGCUCAUCGUGGGUGAUACCUCAGUCUCCCUGAGGGUCGAGGUGUACGUGCAACUGCCAUACAGACAACUAGGAGGCCAGUUUUUGCGAAUUGCGACGUGGACGCACAACCAAGGACUUGUUUCAAGAACACAUUUGCCUCUCUUCCCUGACAAGUUUUCAAAAUUCCUUAACGCCCCAAAACUAAAGGUAGCGGCGAUAGUAAUGUCCCACUUCAAAAUUGUGAAAAUGAAUGACGCUGAGUCAGCUGGGGAUGAGAGGGUCGUCUACACAGGAGCCAUCGCCAAUGUGGUGGAGUAUCUUUCCCGGGCCUUAAAUUUUACGUACAAAUACGUAAUGCCUCCUGAUGGGAGUUUCGGUACAAAAGCAGAGGAUGGCUCUUGGACCGGUAUGGUGGGAUUAGUGAGUAGAGAGGAGGCAGAUAUCGCCAUAGGUCCCUUCGGUCUUACACCAAUUCGGGCUGAAGCUGUGGAUUUCACCUGGCCUCUGUCUUACGACAACACCAAGAUUUUAGCUGGUCUUGGGGACCCAGAAGUGGACCCGUGGGGCUUCCUGCUGCCUCUAGCACCACUGGUAUGGGCGGCCAUUUUGACGGCGCUAUUGAUGCUGCUUACAGUGAUUUUGAUGUGUUCUUCAUGUCUCUCACCCAAGACUUCCACCUUCUUCAUCAGGCUGACAGACACUCACGGAUUUAUUCGCGUAUUAUUACAACAAACCGCGAUAAUUUCGAUGGAAUGGUGGUGGUGGCAGCGGGUGAUGUUGGGAGUGUGGAUGUUGAUGACGUUGGUGUUAACACGGAGCUACGCCGGCAACCUCAUGUCCCUCCUGGCCGUGAGACACAUCCCUCAACCCUUCCAGUCUCUCCGGGAAGUUAUUGAUGAUCCUUCAACAAUUACCAUCUGGCAGAGCAGAUCGAUCAACGCUGAAUACCUCCGUACAGCGAAAUCAGGCAUUAUUCAAGAGGUGGCAGACUUGGGGGCUGACGGACGAGUGAUGUACACUACCCAUGAGAAGUACAAGAGUGUGGUGGACACGCUCGUGCGGCGCGGCACACAUGUCCUCGUAGACAUUCACAUAAAUAUCAGGAACUUGAUGGCACAGGACUUUUCCCAGUCAGGUCGCUGCGAUUUCUACACAUCUAGAGAAGGCUACCUACCGUUUCCUGCAGGAAUUAUAAGCCAGAAGGACAACCCCAUCGUUCCAGCUAUGCAUAAAAGGGUCUUGGCACUGACAGAAUCCGGGAUCUUUAUGCGGUGGUUCUGGAUGAGUUUUCCUAAUUCUACAAAAUGUCUUAACCCACCAAAGAGGAUCACCGUCCGUACAUCUCUCUCCCUAUCAAACUUAUGGGGAAUGUUCGUGGUGAUGGCUGGCGGAAGCGUUCUCAGCCUACUGGUGCUGUGUGUGGAGCUUCUUACCUAUAGUAUUUUCUAAACGUGGAUCUACGCCACACUUGGCUUACUGCACCAUAAUAAGACCAUUUACUGUACACUGUUGCAUGAAAUUGAUCAUGUUGAGGUGUCUUAUGUAGAAGAACUCAUCAAAGAAAUGUUAUAUAAGUCUCUUAUUAAUAAACACAGCAUAAUA